UGGAGUUUUAGAAAUUGUAUUCUACACGGCGAUAGCAUCGGAUAUUUCAAUGUCAACGUACAUUCAGACAAAGGUUCAAAGAGAAAAUAUCGGGUGUUCAUAUGCUUCGUUUCACCACACGCUUCUGGAAAGAACGGAUCAUUCGGUCUUCAGUUGCGCCAAACUUUGUUCGUCUGUUGACGAAUGUCGCAGGUUUAUGUUCGACGAAGAAUCUAAGGAGUGCAUUUUGUACGAAUCCGGAGAAAACUGUAUUUCAUCACAGGAUGUGCAUAACAUGGUCUGUUACUUACAGAAAUCCGUUUGUGGCGAGACCAAAUGUACAAGAUGUCCUAUUGGUUACUAUGGUGAUCAGUGUCAACACGUGAUUGAAGAUUGUUCGGAUGGAAUACGAAAAAAUCUAGUACCUGAAAAAUCUCUGAUGUCUUACAUCCGACCAAAAGCUGAUGGACGAAUACUGGAAGUUAAAUGUGACUUUAAAUGGGGUGGAUAUACUAUAUUACUAUACCGAUUCCAAGGUUGCCAGGAAGUCGACUACAACAAAACCUGGAAAGAAUACUCCGAUGGGUUUGGUACAUCAUAUGGCAAUUAUUGGUUCGGUCUUGCCAACAUUUACGACAUUCUUCAAAAUUACCCCCAGUUCUUCUUGAAUAUAGUUAUUUUUGGACAGACGGGGCAUCAAACAAGCUAUUAUCAGCUGUUUGACAUCUCUACAUAUGAUGAUGAUUAUCGAAUCUCGCUCCAAUUGUUCAAAGAUGAUACUGCAAACCCCACUGGGGAUUCCUUGACCAACGGCUUAUAUAACAUCGACGGUCGACCAUUUUCGACUUAUGAUCGGGACUUCAGUAAUAACGAUUGUCCAGCCCGUUUUAUUGGUGGAUGGUGGUAUCUAGAUAACCCUGUCUGUAGUCGAGCUAAUGUGCAUGGAAAGAGAGAUGGUGGUAAUUUUGAGGCUACCUGGCACUGGCUGGACAACUUGGGCAGCCGAACGGAUUUUAGUGAUAUUCAGUUAAAGCUACAAAGAAAGCAGUAAUAAAGUGAUAUAUAUAUGUCCGUUACGACCUUGUUACACUGCUAUCCGUGUACUUACUACCAUUUCCCCACUUACUACCUAAUAUUAAUCACUCUUAUAAACCUUUAAAAUACAGAUGUGACGUCAUCCUUUGAUGUUUUCGUACCAUUAUUUCCAAUAAUGUACGGGCAACUUGCCAACCGUACAUUAUCUAUACUAGAUGAAAUAUCGGACUCGCGUGACGUAUUUCAUUGAAAAACACGCGCGGGAUAGUGUCUGUAUUUUAAGUUGUUUAAUCGUCUCGAGCUAAAGACAUUGCGUAACAUAUUGAAUCAACACUCAGCUAACGCCUCGUGCAGUAUCAAUAUAUUACUUAUGUCUCGCGCUCGGCCAUUAAACGAUACAUAACGGCAUAUCUCUUUGAUCUUUGGGGUUUAUAUUCUAUUCCCGGAAUAACUUGCGGUCUCAAAGUUUUUCUUUAAACCUGUAACGGGUUAUUCUUUCCAGGGUAGUUUUUUCCUCAUAAGAAAACAUGAUAUACGGUGUUUCUUACAGGAAUUCUGGGAUAUUCUCAUUUUACGUUCAUAUAAAGCUAGACGGUUUAUAAGCAAGAUAAAUUCCUCGACUUCGGUUAUGCUUGAGCAAGAAAGACUUCAGAAAAAAGACCUACCGGUCUCGGUUUUUCUUUUUCUCGCGGUGUUUUCCCAUAUUUCAGAUUGUAUCAAUGUAAUUGCCACCAUGGUCUGCUAUAACCCGGAGGGGUCAAAUUAUAAACUGUUUUGUCACUUGUGACCUUUUCCUCCCAGGGGACCAUAUGUUUCCCUUUCAUGCACGAGACAGAGUAUUCGUGCUCUUUGCUUAUUUUAUUAUACGACUUCACGGCUCGUCUCGGUCGGUACCUUAUGUGGUUUUAUUUGCAAAAUCCUAACCUAAUCUUGAAAUGUAGCAAGAACAGUGGCAGGUCUUCAUAUCUAAAAUACUCAGUGGGCCUAUAUAUAUAUUUUACAUUAUUCAUACCUGAAGACGCCUAUAAAGUACAGACAGCUAGCCUAUGUGAUUUAUAGAUACAUUAGGGGAGAUUAGAUAAAGAGCUGGCAGUUCUCACUAUAAUAGUUAAAUACUAGAUAAUGUGAAGAGAAUUUGCUGAAAAUUUCAGUCAAAUUGAUCCACUCUAAACCUAGAUUGUAGCGAUUGAGUUUUCGAUCAUCAUUUUUAAAGUCGGUAGGAUAAAAAAAAUAUAGUCUUGAUUAUCCAUUUCAUGAUUAAAUCAUGAAUGGAAGUCGAACAGCUAAUCGGAACCUAAUCCAAUAAACAUCGUAGGCUAGCGAUGGCAUCGAGAGUUGAUUAUGGUCUGGAUAUGUUAAUUAAUGUCUAAUUAAUAAGUUAGAUAACAUUUCAGGCCUAAGGAAUCACCAA